AUGCUUCGUGGUUGCUGCGUCUUCCUCGGGGCUCUGGCGCUCAUUUCAUGCAGUAUGGCAAUGGAUGAUCCCAUCGCCGGUGUGCUAGGCUGCAUCAUCUUCAUUUUAACCGUUAUCGCGGGCUGGAAACGUGGCUGGCCCUGGCGUCUGAUGCCGGCUUGGGAUUCAAUGCGGUCCUCGCCAUCCGCGCCUGAUCAAUCCGGCAUAAGCAGCAGCGGCGGAUGUUUGGCAAACGCAUUGGGAUGU